AUGGCGACACUAAAAUUUCCUGAGCUUUCUGUAUACCGCUACUCGAGCAAUGAUCCAAGCAGGCGCUUUACGGUUACGAAUCCUGCCACAGGCAAGAUACUCACCACAGUCCAAGGCGGGGACCCUGCCACCAUCGACGCAGCCGUGCGCGCCUCGCAGGUAGCUUACGAAAAGCGCUGGCGGCCCUUAACUCACGCCCAGCGGUCGGUAUAUCUCCUCCGCUGUGCCGACGAGCUCGAGAAGCAUCUCGACGAACUCUCCACUAUAAUAUGCAUGGAGAAUGGGAAGCCAUUCCUAGAUGCCAAGCUAUUCGACUGCGGCGUACUCGUACGAGCGUUCCGAUUCUUCGGGAGCUUGGCAGACAAGUUGCCUUCCGCCUUCUACGAUAGGGGCCCCCUAUAUACAACCGUAAUCCAUGAGCCAUUCGGCGUGUGCGUUGGCAUUCUGCCUUUCAAUUGGCCGCCCAUCUUCGCAGGCAGCAAGCCGGCUCCUGCGCUUGCGGCGGGCAAUACGUUUAUCCUAAAGCCAGGCGAGCAGGCGCUUGACGGUGCUUCGAAUCGGUCGACGGCCGCUGGAGCAGCGGUAGCACGAACUGCUGCUGAUUCCAUCACGCCAGUAGCGCUUGAGCUAGGGGGUAAGAACGCGAUGACAAUUUUCGAGGACGCAGAUUUUGAUGCUGCUGUACGCACGGCGCUUGAAGGAGCCUUCUUUAAUAAGGGCGAGGCAUGCACUGCCAGCUCGCGCAUUCUUGUGCAGCGUGGUAUCUACGACAAGUUUGUCGAGAAGUUAGCCGUCGGUGUGAAGAAGAUCAAGAUGGGUAAUGGUCUCGAUCCUACAACGCACGUUGGGCCGCAGAUAUCCAAGGUCGCACAGCAGCGUCUGUUAGAUUAUAUCACCCUCGGAGUGAAAGAGGGUGCUAGGAUCGCCGCACAGGCUGAGCUACCUUCUGAUCCUGAGUGCAAAGACGGCUUCUUCAUCCCUGCGACUCUCUUUGCAGAUGUAACUGAGGAUAUGAGGAUCGCCAACGAGGAGAUGUUCGGUGCCAUUGUGACCGUUACACCAUUCGACACUUUCGACGAUGCAGUUCGCAUCGCAAACUCGGUAGAGUACGGCCUAACGGCUAUCGUCUUUACCAAGGAUCAGGUGAAGGCGAAUCGAUACGUCCGCGCGGUCGAAACCGGAAUGGUUUGGGUAAACAACUAUCAUAGGAACGUGGUGGGCACACCGUUUGGUGGUGUGAAGCAUUCCGGUUACGGCAGAGAACAUUGCAUAGAGACGUUGUACGAAUUCACUCAACCCAAAGCCGUACAUUCGCCUUCUGGUAUAGUUGAUAUUCCGGAGUGGCGUGGUGUGGUUGACAUUUUUGGACACAGUGGAAGUGAAGUUGUCUGA